CACAAAUCACACACACGAGCAGAGGAAGGACCACCACGACUUGCUUGCCUUGGUUUCUGCCGACAAGGCAAACGGCGUUGUGCUGUGCUGAGUGCGAGGACGAUGGAUGAAGAUCAACCGCGUGAUGUGCUGGCGGGGUGGUGCCCCAAGCCGCCCUGCAAAGUGAACGUGUCGGGCAUCCAGACGUUUUUCACGGCGCUGCAGGCUGUUCGAGCCAAGCACGGCGACGUACCCGAGGAACACGAACAAGCAUUUACACGGUUUCGCAUGGCCGUGACAAACGACACCACGGACGAGGAAGUGGAAACUGCGCGCGCAGCGUUACAGCACGCCCUUGAGCGGCUGGAUCUCCCACACAUCUCCACAGACGUGCAGCCCACCCCAGACAUUGCCCGCCCAUCCAAUCUCGACGACUUCAGCGGGUUUACCGAGAUGCAGCUGGUGGUGCCUGGGCUGUACAUUGGCUCGUUUCACCCGGCGAGCAACAAGGACGUCUUGGAGGCGCAGGGCAUCACCCACGUAUGCUGCUGCGUUGGCGUGGACCCGUACUUCCCAGACGACUUUUUCUACAAGGUCUUGCCUGCCGAUGACUCUCCAGAACAGGACAUGUACCAGUACUUUGAAGACACAUACAAGUUCAUCCACGAUGCCGUUUCGUCCGAUGGCCGCGUCCUAGUGCAUUGCGGAGCGGGCAUUUCCAGGGCAGCGACGAUUACGCUGGCGUACUUGCUGCGCUCCCUGCGCAUGCCGUUGAACGAGGCGUUCUCCCACCUGCACCACGUGCGCCCCGUCAUCAGCCCCAACACCGGAUUUGUGCGGCAGCUCCGCCGCCUCGAGGCCGAGCUGGGGCUCAAGGACUCGCCACAGUAGAAGGGAAAACGGGAGCUGAGGGCACCGCUCUCGUGAUUGCGACUGUGGUUGUGAAAACUGUGGUUGCAACUAUGGUUGCGACUGUGGUUGUGAUUUGGUGGUUGUGGUUGUGGUUGUGGUUGUGGUU